CACAACACAACUCGUCUGCGGCGGCUGCCCGAUAAGACGCCUGUGCAAUGACAGCAGCCGACUGUGUUCUGUGAACAUGAGCCAUCGAUCUCGUGCGUCCAGGUCCAGGGGCCAUGUCCACUGUGACUCCUGCUUCAGCCGGCGCUGCCGGGCCCGGGUGGAGGCCUCGGUGAGCUGCGCGCUCAUCCCCUGCCGCCUGCACUGCGGCGCUCUCUUCCACCUCUGCAAGGAGGACGACCACCUGCUGCUCUGCCCCAACGUGAGGGUGCCCUGCAUCAACGCCGGCUACGGCUGCCCCCUGCAGCUGCCCCGCCACUCGCGGGCGGCCCACCUGCAGGCCUGCCCGGCCUCCGUGGUGAGCUGCUCCAUGGAGUGGCUGCGCUGGCCCACCGACGACACCGACCCGCACAGCGACAAGGCCCUGCAGGACGGCGUGGCGCGGGAGAGGGAGGAGGGGCGGGAGGAGGCUCUGGACCUGGCCAUGGCCCUGGUGGACCAGGCGGAGCUGUACAGCCGCCUGAAGAUGAAGCCCCUCUAUCCAGAGCUGAUGGAGGAGGAGGAGGAGGAGGAGGAGGAAGCAAAGGAGGAGGAGAAGGAGGAGUCAGCAGUGGGAGGGUUGAUGAACGGCGAUGGAAACGAGGAGAGCAGCGGCAAAAAUAGAAGUGUAUUCCCUGCAGGUCACCAUGAAAACAUGCCGUCUGAGAGUAAAGCUGCCGAAGAGACUCCACAGAUCAGCGCCAGGCCCAGUUCAACCAUCAACGUGGAGAAGCACCAGCUGUUCGAGAUGAUGUUCAGCAUGGAUAAGGGCGGCUGCACCGUCGCUCAGGAGAGGCUCGACGCUUCGAAACAGCCCGACGAGAAGGAGAGGAGCCGGAGCGAGAGAGGUUCGGAGGAGGCUGCGAGGCAGGAGAAGGCCCAACUGGACACCGGGGACGCAAAGGGGGAGCCGGGCGGCCCCCCGCCAGACACCAGCAAGACCGGGCUGGCCCCGUGGCAGGAGGGCGUGCUGGAGCGCCUGAGGGAGGACCUCACCCCGCAGGAGUACAACAUGUACGUGGUGCACCACGGCCGCAUGCUGCUCGCCUUCGGGCAAAUCGAGGCCUGCACCCCGAGGGACAAAGACUUUGUUUACGGCAGCCUGGAGCCCAUUCCGGUGCAGACCCUGCGCUCCUUCAAGGUUCCAGACAGCUACCACUACAGGCGGCGGGUUCAUCUGUACGACACGGCCUCGCGGGCUCAGAGCGAGCCCCGCGGCGUCGACACGUCGGACCUCGGGGCCGAUGAAGACGAGUGGUUCACUGACGAAGCAGCAGACACCUUGCUGGGCUACGCUGAGAGGGAGGUCAUGGGUCACAAGGUCAGCGAGCCGAAGGCAGCCGACGGGCUCUACUACGACGUGGGAACGCAGACGCACUCGUUCCGCUCGGCCCCGUUCGGGAGGAAGACCACGCUGGCCGAGGUGAUGGAGGGCCGGCCGCCGAAGCUGCAGCUGCGGCUGCAGGCGCACAGCGUCAACAGCAGGCACAACCGAGGCAGCUCCGUCUUCACCUUCCUCUGCGGCCACGCCUUCCACCGCAAGGAGUUCGCAACGCACUUCAGAAACGUGCACAGCGACAUCCAGACCUGUCUGAGCGGCUGGUUCGAGCAGAGGUGUCCCCUCGCUUACCUGGGCUGCACCUACAGCCAGCGGAGGCUUCAGCCGUCCACACACAGAGCCACGGUCGUCUACAACCAGGAGCUGAGGAGUUUCAACUUGCGUCCGAUCACUGAAUCCUGGCCCAGUGCAGGAGGAGGAGGAGGAGGAGGAGGAGGAGCAGAGGACUCCCUGAGCUCGCUGCCCUACGAGGUGCUGUGCCACAUGGCCAGCUUCCUGGACAGCCUGUCCCUGUCCCAGCUGGCUCUGGUGUCCCGCCUCAUGAGGCAGGUGUGCUGGUCUCUGCUGCAGGACAGAGGGAUGGUCACCCUCCUCUGGGAGAGGAAGACCUCCUCUCAGGGGGGAGCCCGGUGGACGCCCAAGCCCGUGUGGCAGUUCAGCCGCCUCUUCUCGUCUGUGGACUCGUGGCUCAUGGCGGACGUUCCUCCCAUAUCCGCUCACCUGAAGGUCUGUCCUUUCUACGAGGCCUCGGCGCACAGCGAGCCGGUCCUCCUCCCCGGCAUCAGAGAGAAACAGCAGAGCAGCCAGGAGAGCCUCAGCCUGGUCAACCACUUCACCGGCAAAGGAUGGACACAGUGA